AUGGCAAGCCAGCCAUCAGAUGAACCUAGUGAUCCUGGGAGUAAAUCGCACUCGCCCUUAUCGGAUCGAACUUCUCAUGCCGAAAUAGGCAUUUCUGAGACGUCUGGGCGAGUUAUUCUGGGAUCGAAUGACGCUACCUAUGUUGGGGCCACCCACUGGGCCGCAAUUCUUGACGAUAUUGAAGAAGUGAAAGGUUACUUUAGCGAAACCGGGGAGGAGACCUCGCUGGGUGAUCAUGAUCUCUCUCUGCUCUUCAACAGCACUGGAUCGACUGCCACUAGGGAGGACCUCUUGGCCGCGCUACCUGAGCCAAACAUAGUAAAUCGAUUGGUAUCUCGAUACUUUAACUCCAAUAGCCCUGCGAUGCAUAUUAUUCAUAAGCCUACAUUUCAAAAGAACUACAAGAAGUUUUGGGCCGAUCCCAGCAGCAGCCCAAUUAGUUUUAUUGCAUUAAUAUACUCUAUGAUGUGUCUAGGAAUCUUUGCCGAGCUGGGAGCUGGUGAAGAAAAUGCCGACGUCAGUAGCACUCCGACGGAGACGAUACAGAUUUAUCGUAGAUGUUGUGCACAGUGCUUGGCGCUAUCCAACUAUGCCGAACAUCCAGGUACCUAUACUCUCGAGACGUUUCUCUUAUAUAUGGAAUGCGAAUUCGUCCUUAGCAAGGGAGAUCAGAUGAGCUGCUAUUUGAUAGGUGGCGUUGCAGUCCGUUUGGCGUUACGAAUGGGCCUCCAUCGAGAUUCGGAGAAUGUUCAAGGCAAUAUUACACCAUACCAAGGCGAGAUACGGCGUCGAGUCUGGCAUCUCCUGGUACAGAUGGAUUUGCUCGUCAGCUUCCAUAAUGGUCUGCCGUCGAUGGUUCAAGCUGUCAAAAGCGAUACUCAGGAACCAUUGAACCUGCUGGAUCAGGAUUUUGAUGAGGAUUCGACCGAAUUGCCACCCUCCAGACCGGAGACCGAAAUCACAUGCAUGUCAUACACACUCGCCAAGGGUCGACUAGCUCGUGUUUUUGGAAAAAUUAUCGAGCAGGCAAACCUCUUGACACUCCCAAGCUAUACUGAGGUGACAGCAUUGGACCAGGAACUGCAGCAAGCCUUUUCCGCAACCCCGCCUUUUCUUUGUGUCGUGCCGAUGGAUCAUUGCAUCACCGACACCGCUGAGCUCGUUAUAAGGCGAUUUAGUCUGGCAGUGCUUUUUCAGAAAUCUCGAUGCAUCUUACAUCGCAAAUAUCUCAUGAAACAAAAAGAGAAUGUUGAUUUUUCAUACUCGAAGAAAUCAGCAAUAGACGCUUCAAGAGAGCUUCUUCGAAUGCAAUCCGAAGUUCACGACGCUACUCAGCCAGGCGGCCUUCUGUACAAAGACCGGUGGGUAAUUUCGUCACUGGCAAUGCACGACCUUCUCCUCGCAGCGGUGAUACUAUACUUGUGUCUCAUCCAGGAGAGUAUAGACGUUUCUCCCACUCUGAGAGAUCAGCAGACACCAAACACUCAUCAGACAGAGAUAAUAGAAGCUCUAGAAGGGUCAUUGCACUCCAUCUUCCAGCGCCAUGGCUUAGAGACGGAUGUCUGCACUGGGGUGGAUGACGCUAUCACCCUGGGUCGUUUCGGCGGAGGGCAGUUUGAAGGAUUGGGUGACGCUUUUCCCUUUCCAAGUCCCACGAUACAGUCUAAUAUCGAUUUUGUGUCUAUGCCCCCGGAUAUUAUUGGAGAAAUAACUGAUAUCUCAAUGGAUUUCGAUUGGGAUUUUUUCGACAACCACGUGCGACAUACUCAGAUAAAUAACCAGUCUUGGCCAGAUACCCCUUUCCACAAUUUCAAUUCCAGAGAGGAGAAUAAUUCCAGUCCCUGA